AUGAUUUUCUGUUUAUAUCCCAACUCAACUCAUAUUUUGCAGCCCUGUGAUGUAGGAAUAUUUGGACCGUUGAAGAAAAAUUGGAAAAGGGUAGUGAGAAAGCAUAAACAGGCAUCCACUGUACCUAUAACAAAACAAAAUUUUGCUGCGUUGUUUAAAAUAGCUUACGACAGAAGCAUUAAGCCAACUACGAUAAAAAAUUCAUUUAGAGUUUGUGGUUUAUAUCCAAUGUCUCCAGAUGCAGUUGACUACUCACGCUGCAUAAGUAAUAGAAGGCAAGAAAUUGCGCAACAAAACCAAAAAGGCACCACAACCUCUAGUCUUCAUGACCAAAAAGAGGAUCUACGAAGUACGAUCAAGGUUAUAGAAGGUGAAGUUGGCCAGAUGAUAAGAAAUGAGUUUGUCAUGUCUUACAAUUUAAACCGUUCUCAUCCCCAUCAAUAUUUUGAGCUGUGGAAAAAAUGUAGAAAUCAACUUGAGAAUAAAAAACAGAGUGACACGAUAACACCGAAUACCCCGAUCAUUCCUCUUGAUCUGUCAGUAUCAUCUAUAGAAGCGUCUACUUCAAACGAGGACGAUUCCAAACUGGAAUCAAGCUAG